UGAAGGUGCAGACUCUGUAAUAUCCAAUGAUAAAAGUAAUACCGAUAAAAAGGCUAACUUAAAGGAAAUUAAUUUGUUGGAUGAUCAGCUGUGUUUUGAAAACUUACGAAACAUAUACAAAAAACAAAGAUUGAGUUUUACAUCGAAAAGUACUGGCUAAUUUUCAAGCAAGAUGACUACGGCCGCAAGACCCACGUUUGAACCUGCUAGAGGAGGACAAGGACGUGGUGAAAAAGAUUUAAGUGCAAUCUCAAAACAAUACAGCAGCAGAGAUUUACCGUCUCAUACAAAAUUGAAAUACAGGGAACAUGGACAAGGAACAAUCGAGGAAUUGCGAAACCGUGAUUUUCGCAAGGAAUUAGAGGACCGUGAACGUGAGAGGGAAAAGGAUAAAAGUUCUAACCGCCGUAUGAUAGAACCACCUAGAGAAACGUCCACGACAAGUGCUGCUAAAAGGCAGAAAAUUGAUCAAGUACCUACAGCGAGUUUAGAUGCAGAUGAUCCUCUUGACGAUGAUGAUUCAGAGUCAGAAAGCGAUGAAGAUGAUACUGCUGCUCUGUUAGCUGAAUUGCAACGUAUUAAGAAGGAGAGAGCAGCGGAGCAAGCUAAGAAGGAAAUGGAGAAAAGACAGGAAGAGGAAAGAAUAAGAAUGGAGAACAUACUUUCUGGAAAUCCUUUAUUAAGUUAUUCUUCUCAAAGUGGAAGAACAGAUAUGAAAGUCAGACGAAGAUGGGAUGAUGAUGUUGUAUUCAAGAACUGUGCUCGUUCGGAACCGAAAAAGAAGCACGAUGUGUUCAUAAACGACUCGUUACGAAGUGAAUUCCAUCGUAAAUUUAUGGAAAAAUACGUUAAGUGAACGAACUACCGUAAGAAGUAUAUCGUACUGUAUAUAGUUUUAAGAUAAUGUUAUCAUACUAUUUAUAAAUGUCUCGUACUCUAGACUGCAAUCGAUGAUGCUGAAAGUUAUUCCAAAAUUUCGGAAAUCUUAAUCAAAUUUAAUAUUCAUAAAUAUUAAUUGAUUAGUUGAUUUCGUAUAUUCACAUACAUCUACGAAUAUUCGAUUACGAAAUUCAUCAUAUGAAAAUACGAAUAACUAAGGCAACCGUAUCGUUCGAAUCUAAAAACAGAAGGUAUUAUAUUAGGCUCUUUUAUCAUUUUCUUUCGAUUCUGAGAUCCAACUAAAUUCGAUGCUGGCGAUUCAUCUCCGGGAGGUCACUCUAAUAACUUCACAAAAAAAUCAUUGAAUUCUUUGUAUGCAAAAAUAAGCGUACAGAUAUUCAGAGUGAGAGGGAGGGGGAGAGAGUGAAAGAUAAAGAGAGAGAGAGAGCAGGGUGUGCCAGAGUGGGGUGAAGCGGAUUGAGGUAGCGUGUAUCGGUCCGACGGAGAUCGUUGAUCGUGCGAGAGAGAAAAAGAUAGAAAAGAGAGAAAGCUGGAGGAAUAGAGGGAGAGAAAGAGAAGAAACUAGCCGAGUGUGGUGGAGUUUGUCCAGGCAAUGUAGGUACGUGUUUCGGUAGCGGUGCGAUCCGGCCUCGGCGGUGGUGGUGCUGACGGCGGCAAGCGCGUGUAAACCGCUGGGUCAAGUAUAACCGGUCCCAGGGUCCCCGGAGCAGCCGGAGGCAGCAGGCAGUCUACCGGUACGACGCGCAGCUGGUUAUCGCUGGUAGACUCCCUGGCACCGACCUGGCCAACUAACGCAACAGGGACACACGAGAGGCCGGCCCGACUCGACAGAGAGACAGAAAGAGAAAGACGACCGUUCACUGGUAGAUCGCUUCGAGAUGAUUUCUGAGAAAAGAUAUGUCGUACGUUACGGUACGAGCGAUCGCUUCUCUGUGUGGUUGAAUUCGUCAUCGCCGAUUCUAUCCUUUUUGACUUCUUCUCGAACUUUCAAAUUGGUUACGGGAACCUAGUUUCCGGUCUCGUUCAAAUACCAUUGUUCAGAUCUAGUCCUGAUCAACUGCGAUCCUUGUGGCGUUUCGUCUCUCGUCGUGUUAAUGGGCCGUAAUUUCGGCCAGCAGAGUUUUUCUCGGUAGAUGCCUAUCGUUUGUACGCAACAGCGUAAGAAUGAAUCUAAACGGAGUACUUUGUUUAUUUUAUGAUAAAUAUAUUAUAUCGAUGUUGUAUCGGAUGCCAUCCUUUUGGACUCUCUUCCAAAAAGUCGAAAUUACCGUAUGAUAAUCAAUUUUAUAACUCGAUCAAAAUUAAUAAAACGAAUAACCAAAUAAA